UAUUGUUAUCCUUUAAAAGCGCGAAUGGUGCACACCAUUGUUUGUGAAAAUGGCCACUACAAGUGCUCCGAUCUUCCAGUCAUGGGCACAAAUCGUAUCGGCUUCUCGUGCUUCAUCCAGCAGUAAUUUAACUACUUUCGUCGCAAACACUCAUGGUAGUAAACAAUUCAUGGUUUCUCCCUUACAAGAACAUCAAAAAUGGAGGAAUCCGGUGAAGACCAGCCGGAAGAUAAGGGCUGCGGCUGUCGUAGCAACUCCUGCCGCCGAGGAAGUUAAAGAAGCAGUUCUUCCCUCAUGGGCGGAUUUCGACAUUGGGCGAGCUCCAGUCUACUGGAAAACAAUGAAUGGCCUUCCUCCUAGUUCCGGAGAGAGACUGAAACUAUUUUACAAUCCCGCUGCUAGCAAACUCGCACCAAAUGAAGAUUUUGGAAUCGCAUUUAAUGGUGGAUUUAAUCAACCAAUCAUGUGUGGUGGUGAGCCAAGAGCUAUGCUACGCAGAGAUCGAGGCAAGGCCGAUCCUCCAUAUUACACCAUCCAAAUAUGUGUUCCUAAGCAUGCUGUGAAUUUGAUUUUCUCGUUCACAAAUGGAAGUGAAUGGGAUGGUCCUUAUAGAUUGCAAUUUCAAGUGCCAAAAGCAUGGAGAAAUCGAGAAUUGGACUUCUUUAAUCGGGGUCUCACGGAGGAAUUGAGCCGAGAGGGUGCGUGUGAGAAGGCAAUAUAUCCCGACACAAGCGUUAUCAUUGAUAGAUGCCAAUUGAUGGGUAACUUGACUAGCGAAGGGGCGGAUCGCUGCGAACUUGAUCUUGUAACCGGCUGCACUGAUCCAGGCUCUCCAGAAUACAACCCUCUUGCCAAUGUAGACGAUGGGUCAUGCCCUCCUUACUCAGAUUCUGAAUCCGAAGAUUAACAUCUACAAUUGUAAUAUUGUCAACAUUAUAAAAAAAAAAAAAAACUAGUCCAUUCAACUGUAGUUAAUAGGCACUUAUCAUUCAUGGUCGUGUCUGUUCUUGUUAAUACAUUCGAAUACAAUAUACGCAAUAAUACAGAAAGUUAGGGAAAUGAAGCUUUUUCCCUUAGUCCUAA